GGAGAACAUGGCCACUACGGCUAAGGUUGUCCUGCAGGCCACACAGAAGAAGGUGGUGUUGCAGGUCCAGAAGAAGGCCUUCAUAGAGAACACAGUUCCUCUCAUCAUCAGCCUGAAGAGCCUGCUGGAGCAGAAACGCUCUCCUGUGCUCCGAGACCUCAUGUCCUACCUUCAGGUGACCAUGCAAGAACAUCGUAACAAGGUAAAGGACUUUUUCCCUGGAGAUGAGCAGCUGGCAGUUGAGGUGGAGUUUGCUCUGAAGAUGGCUGAGAAGGAGAAAGAGAUGGAGAAGCAGAUGGACAACUGCAGCUUGACAGGAGACGCCAGGCCUCCAACUACACAGGUCAGUUCACACUACAUACACAAUGUGUAUUUAUAA